AUGCACGGCUCCGGACGCGUCCUGCUCCGCGCCGCCGCGCGCGCCAACAGCGCCGCGCGUCGCUCCGUCACGUCGCUCAGUAGCAGCGCCGGCGUCUUGGCCGCUCGUUCGUCCAAGUCCGGCGCUUCGGCGCUGCGUGGUGCCUGCGUGAGCUCCGUCCGCGCGCAGCGUCUCGGCGCCGUGUCGUCUGUGCAGGUGCGCGCGUUCUCGGCCUCCGCGGGUGCGACGGACGUGCCCGUGCCCUCCAUGGGCGACUCCAUCUCUGAGGGCACGGUCGUCGAGUGGCUCAAGCAGCCGGGAGACGCCGUGGCCGAGGACGAGGUCGUGGUCGUGCUCGAGACGGACAAGGUCAGCGUGGACGUGCGCGCGCCCUUCGCCGGCGCCAUGGGCCAGCAGCUGGCCGCCAUCGACGACAACGUGCUGGUGGGCGCGCCGCUCUUCCAGAUCGUCAAGGGCGCGGCGGGCGCUGAGGUCGCCCCGGCCGCCUCGACGGAGGCGCCGGCCGCCCCUGCUGCUGCUCCCUCUGGAGAGGAGACCACCGUGCCUGUGCCUUCCAUGGGCGACUCCAUCUCGGAGGGAACCGUUGUCGAGUGGAUCAAGAAGGCCGGAGACUUCGCGGCCGAGGACGAGGUCGUCGUCGUGCUCGAGACCGACAAGGUGAGCGUGGACGUGCGCGCCCCCAAGGCCGGCACCGUCACCAGUACCCUGGCCGACGUGGACCAGACCGUCGAGAUCGGCGUGCCCCUCUUCAAAAUGGUGUUCGGCGGUGAGACCCCCGCUGCUGCGGCCCCUGCCGCCGCGACGCCCGCUCCUGCCGCUGCGGCGUCGACUCCUGCCCCUGCUGCUGCUGCCCCGACGCCGGCCGCGGCCCCCGUUGCCCAGCCCGCUGUGGCCGGUGCCAACCCGCUGCUGGCCACGCCCGAGCGUGUGUCCCGCCGCGAGAAGAUGAGCCGCAUGCGUCUGCGCACGGCCGAGCGCCUCAAGGAGUCGCAGAACACGGCGGCCAGCCUUACGACCUUCCAGGAGGUGGACAUGACCAAGCUCAUGGGUCUGCGUAAGCAGUACAAGGACGCGUUCGAGGCCAAGCACGGCGUCAAGCUCGGCUUCAUGUCGGCCUUCGUCAAGGCCAGCGCGUCGGCGCUGCUGGAGGUUCCCGGUGUGAACGCCAUGAUCGACGACGAGCACCAGGAGAUCGUCUACCGCGACUACGUGGACAUGAGCGUGGCCGUGUCGACCCCCAAGGGUCUGGUGACGCCCGUGCUCAAGAACACAGAGUCCAUGAGCUUCGCCGACGUGGAGAAGGGACUGGCCGAGCUAGCCGCCCGCGCGCGCGACGGCAAGCUGACGCUCGAGGAGAUGACCGGCGGCAACUUCACCAUCUCGAACGGCGGCGUGUUCGGCUCGCUGAUGGGCACACCCAUCAUUAACCUGCCGCAGUCGGGUAUCCUCGGCAUGCACGGCACGAAGAUGCGCCCCGUGGUCGUGGACGGCGAGGUGGUCGCGCGCCCCAUGAUGUACCUGGCGCUCACGUACGACCACCGCCUCAUCGACGGCCGCGAGGGCGUUACGUGCCUCAAGGCCAUUGCCGACAAGAUCGAGAACCCGGAGCGUCUGCUGCUGGACAUUUAA